AAUUAGAUGGUGUUCAUAGGAAGGUGAGUGUAGGUGAAGUGUAACAUGUGAAGUGAGUCUUGCAAAGGAAAUAUCAAUAGCUAUAAUGUCAAUUUUGAGAGGAAUUUGUGUGCUGAGAGUGGGAGUGGCAACUCCAAAACCUUACCUUCUUCCCUCUAUCUUUUCAUCAUCCUUCAACAUUCGUACCCUCUCACACACCACUUUUUCCAGAACCUUUCGUUUCCUCCCACCUUCAAUUCCUCUUUCAUCCUUUGUGCCUCUCAUACCUCCCAAAGCAGCAGCCUCUUAUGGCACUGGGAGUGGUGGUGCUGAAGAUGGUAGGCCAAGGGAACUAUUGGUGCAGCAUUUGUUGGUCAAAGAAGAUGACCAGAAGCUUCUGUUGGAUCUUCUGCAAAAAAUCUCUUCAGGUGAAGAUUUGAGUGAUCUUGCUGUGGAACAUUCAGUUUGCCCAUCCAAAGAAGAAGGAGGAAUGCUUGGAUGGGUCAAAAAGGGUCAAAUGGUUCCUGAAUUUGAGGAGGCUGCGUUCAGUGCACCUUUAAACAAAGUUGUAAAGUGCAAAACCAAAUUCGGAUGGCACCUGCUGCAGGUUUUAUCUGAAAGGGAAGAAUCAAUUCUUCAAGACAUUCAACCUCAUGAGCUGCAUGGGAAAAUUCAAGAUCCCAAUUUUUUGGAGGAGGCACAGCUAAUUGACGUUCGAGAGCCUGAAGAAGUGGCUAAAGCAUCUUUGCCAGGAUUUACUGUUCUUCCCCUCCGACAAUUUGGAAGCUGGGGGCCUGAAAUAACUAAAAAACUUGACCCUGAAAAGGAUAUAUACGUUAUGUGUCAUCAUGGCAUGCGGUCAUUACAGGUUGCCAAAUGGUUGCUGUCACAGGGCUUCAGGAAAGUAUACAAUGUUUCUGGGGGAAUCCAUGCCUAUGCUGUUCAGGUUGAUCCAUCAGUACCCACAUACUGAUCACAUUACCUUUAGGAAUUGGAACUCUCUCUUAUUAUGGACAUGUAUUCAUUUUCAAUUUUCAAGGUUACAUAUUCUUAGAAUAGUUUAUGUUAUUUGAAUAAUCAUUUCAAUACUCUAUGGCUCUCUGUUCCUGACAGAAAAUGGAUUCAUACAACUCCUUUCUGAUCUGAAAAUAUAGUUUUUCUGACCAAAUUUUCAAAGAGCCAAAAAAUGGUUGAUAAAAACCUUUUUUCUCCUGUAAAAAAUGUUAUUGAUUCAAACCUUUUUGCGU